AUGAUCGACUGCGCGUCGCCCGGCGAGGAGAUCGAGGUGAUCGGCGUCUAUCGCAACAACUUCGACGCCUCGCUUAACACCAAGAACGGCUUCCCCGUCUUCGCCACCAUCAUCGAGGCCAACUGUGUUACCAAGAAGGAGGACCUCUACGCGUCGUUCCUGCUGACGCCCGAAGACCAGGCCGAGAUCAUCAAGCUGUCCAAGGACCCUCGCAUCGGCGAGCGGAUCAUCGCGUCCAUCGCGCCUUCCAUCUAUGGACACGAGGACGUCAAAACGGCCCUGGCCCUGGCCCUCUUUGGCGGCGAGUGUAAGGAGUUCGACAAGCAGAAGCAUCGGGUGCGUGGCGACAUCAACGUGCUGCUGGUGGGCGACCCCGGUACGGCCAAGUCGCAGUUCCUCAAGUACGCCGAGAAGACCGCGCACAGAGCUGUCUACACAACGGGCCAGGGCGCCUCCGCCGUGGGUCUCACCGCGGCGGUGUGCAAGGACCCCAUCACGGGCGAAUGGAUCCUCGAGGGCGGCGCCCUCGUGCUGGCCGACAAGGGCGUGUGCAUGAUCGACGAGUUCGAUAAGAUGACCGACAAGGACAGGACGUCCAUUCACGAGGCCAUGGAGCAGCAGUCCAUUUCGAUCUCCAAGGCCGGAAUCGUCACGACGCUCCUGGCCCGCUGCACCAUCAUCGCCGCGGCCAACCCCAUCGGCGGCCGCUACCGGCCUGCGCUUUCCUUUGCCCAGAACGUCGAGCUCACCGAGCCCAUCAUGUCCCGCUUCGACAUCCUCUGCGUGGUGCGUGACACGGUGGACCCGAUCGUGGACGAGGCCCUGGCCGAGUUCGUGGUGGGGAGCCACAUGAACUCCCACCCGCACAGCGAGCGCCGCGAGACCACACACAACAACAAGAACGAGGACGGCUUCGCGCUGUCGCAGGAGCUGCUGCGGAAGUACAUCACCUACGCGCGGAGCAGGUGCCACCCCAAGCUGCGCAACAUCGACCGCGACAAGGUGGAGAACCUCUACGCUCAGCUCCGUACCGAGUCGCUGGUACCCCCCCCU